UUGCUCCUUCUAAUUCCUUGUGAGAUUCUUGAACUUUGAUUGAACCUUUUGAGAUUGAGUUAAGUUCUCCUCCUACAGCUUACCCCCUAAUGCGUCGAAAGCCAUAGCGUCGCGAAUACUUCAUCAAUCAACGUGAUUCAAAUUGGAAACGGUAGCUGAGAUUAAGAGCUACAACAUAUCCAAGUUUCGCGACAUUCCAACGGCUAGUUUUUCGUCGACGUCGUUUCUUGUAAAGACGACUUUUCUGUCCAGAAUUUCGGAUUUAUAUUUUGAGUUAUUCUAGCUCCUAAGUUCACCUAGACUCCGUCCUUAAUCCUAACAAGUGGUAUCAGAGCGAUAUUAAGGACAUUGAGAGGAGUCUACAGAAGUGUGAAGACCCUUCUAGACCCACCAUGGCCUCAGCAACGGCAGCAGCGGCAAAGGCAACAGCAGGAGGAGAUGCAACUGCACCAACUGAUGGGGUCCUGGAAGCAGUCAAGAAAGUGCAGCAGCAGCAGACACAUAGUGAGGUGCUUGCUGGUGUGGAUACGAGUGCGGCAUGGGCUAAGGCUUCAUCAAGGAGUGGAGAGGCCGAUUGGGAGACAUGGCAUGAGAGGCUGUGUCAUGUGAACUUUCCUAUGCUACAGAAGUUGGUGAAGGAUGGGAGCCUGAAGGGCUUGGAGGUGAAAGGGGGAGUGAAGGAGAUUGGGAGCUGCCCUACAUGCUUGGAGACCAAGUUCUCCAAGUUCCCCUUCAACAGCACUACAGGACCAGCCAAGACCCCACUUGCACUUGUGCACAUGGAUGUGGUGGGGCCCACAAGAGCCCCUUCCCUCUCAGGCAGCCGCUAUUUCUUGACAAUUGUGGAUGACCACACUCGGGCAGUGACCCUGCAGGAGGGGGCACGCACUCUCCUUGGGCGUGCAGGGCUGCCUGAUCCGUUUUGGGUGUCUGCAUUGAGGCAGGUCGCCCUUGUGAAGAAUAGGGUGCUGGCUACAGUUGGGGAUAAGGAGUGGAUCCCAUAUGUCAAGUGGUAUGGGAGUGCUCCAGCUGUGAACAUGCUGAGGGCAUUUGGGUGCAUGGUAGUGUUUCAUGUGCCUAAGGAGAAAAGAGGGAAGUUGGAGGCUUCUGGAAGAUGGGGUGUGCACUUGGGGAUUGCAAAGGAUCACAAAGCGUGGCUGCUAUGGGACUUGACCACCCAGAAGCUGACAGUGUCAAGGGAUGUGAAGUUUCUUGAGUCCCUGUACUACAAGGAAUGGAAGCAGCAGCAACAGAAGCUUCCAUCUACACCGCUCAUUGUGGAGGUAGAUGAGGUGCAGCAGCCUUCAAGACAGGUGGAGGUUGCAGUGUCAGAGGAGGAGAUGUCUGGGGUGACUGAGGAAGGGGGAGCAGCUGAAGUAGAGCAGCAGCAGCAGCAGCAGCAUGAGUCUCCACCUCGAGUUCCACACCCGCCUGAGCGACCUAGGAGGGAUGUGCGCCCUCCAGUGAGGCUGACCUAUGGGGGAAGAGGCAAGCCGAAUGUGGUGCAGGCUGGGAGUGUGGUUGAGCAGAUUGAGGAAGAUGAGAUUGCAUUAUGCUAUUGGGCUGCAAUUCCUCAACCCAAGGUACUGACGCUAGCUUCAACUCAGUGAAAGCGGAUGGCACCAGCAUUGGGGGAUAUGUGUG